CGCCGCCGCGCGCGCUUAGAGCACCUGUUGCGCACUGCUUGCCUUAGACGUCGCGUGCGCAUCGCCGAGACUGUUCUCGCAGCCGGGACGGCAGCCAGCAAGAAUCGCUGAGGCCUGAGCCAAGCCAGAGGCCAGCCUCUCGCUGAGCCAAUUACAAAUCGCGCCGCGACGCCAUCGCGCCGUGAAAACAGGACCAUGGGCAAGCGCCGCAACGAGGACGCCCAGAUCUCCAAGGCCGAGUACGCGCGACGGGAAGCCAAGCCUACGCAAGGCGGCGGCGCCUUCCCGAGGGCCGACGCGGCCACGCUAGCCCAACGGCGCCUCGUGUCCCCCUUCUCGUCGCGAGACUCGAGACCGCUGGCGCGCGAGGCCUACUCCACCAGGAUCGCGUCGCUGAACAAGUCCUUCAGUACGUUCGCGGAGACCGCCCUCACUUCCUCACCGAAAGAAGCGAUCGUCGAUGCCGCGAGAGAUUACGUCAGGUACGCGGAACAGCUCGAAGCGCGGUUCCUGCCGAAGCGGACUGAAGUAUUAUCCUUCGGGAGCGGCGACUGCGGGCAACUCGCGCAUUCCUCAACCUUGGAAGAUGAAAAUGAUACAGUUGUGGCCAAGCCUAGGGUCGUGAAAGCUCUGACGAACAAGGUCGUGGCCCAGUUAUCUUGCGGUGGGUUACAUAACGUGGCGGUGACUUUGGAUGGUGUAUGUUUCACGUGGGGCUGUAAUGAUGAGGGCUCCCUAGGGAGAGAGGGCGACGAGUCCUUACUGUACAUGCCGGGCGCCGUAUCUCUACCGGAGAAGGUCACGUGCGUCGCGGCCGGCGGGUCCCAAACUUUUGCGGUAACUUUAUCAGGUAAGGUCUACGGCUGGGGCUGCUACAAGGACAAGGAGGGGAAGCAGUGGUUCGACGCGCCCGGUAUGAUCGCGGCGUCCCGUCGUGUGGAGGCGCCUUCACGCCGUCGACGCGACUUGUGUCCAUCAGACGAGGUCGCAGAGUCGAGAGACCGCGAUGCUCCGCGCAGGCACCCUCGCGCCGAAGCGCAAGCAGACCACACCCUUACUGAUACCUUCCUUAAAAAACAUAACAAAUGUCGCGACCGGGGCCGCGUUCAAUGCUGCGCUCACGGCCAACGGCGACUGCCUCACGUGGGGGCUCGGCGAAGUCGGCCAGCUUGGUAGAAGUGUGAGGGACGUCAAGGUCAAUGAUGAAUAUGAUUUGGAUUCACUAAGGAACGACCACCUGACGCCGCGAAAAGUGGACUUUGGUGAAAAGGUCAAGGUUUUGGGGUGUGGUGCCUAUCAUUUGUUGGCAGCGACGGAACUAGGGUUACUUUCUUGUGGAUUGAACAACUACGGGCAGCUCGGAGACGGUUCGACCACAGACAGAACGAGACCUGUAUUAGUGAAAGGUUUGGAAGAUAGAGCCAUCGCCGAACUGUGCGGCGGCGAGCAUCAUACUUUGUGUUUGCUCGGUGACGGCACGGUGAAAGCCUGGGGCCGCGCGGACUACGGCCAGCUCGGUGCUGGGCGCUCAGAAGCCGAGAAGGCCGGUUCAUUGAGGGAAACGCCUGGUGACGUGCCUGGACUGAAAGAUGUCAAAUCAAUAGCCUGCGGCGACCACCACAACCUGGCUUUGGACGCUGAGGGUAGUGUCAAGGCCUGGGGUUAUGGAGAUAUGAACGCACUAGGAUUGGGAAGGGCCCGGGACGAGUUCGCGCCGAAACUCCUCGAGUUCGGCGUGCCGUGUACCAUUACGCAGGUCGCGGGCGGCGGCCAGCACAGCAUGGUCGUGGCCGCGGUCGCGGACUAGUAUUAGACUAACAUAAC